AUGGGCUACCUGGGGGUGGCUGCCCACGCCAACAUCGCCGACGCUCAGUAUCUCCUGGGCUCUCUGCUGCUGAACGAAGACGAAGAAGAGGAGGAGGAGGAGGAAGAUGAGGCGCAGCGCAAGAACAAAGAGCUGAUCAGAGAUGCAGAGGCCAAUCGCCAGCGCUCCGGCCGCUCGGACGACCCCCAGAAUAUUAAAGACAUCCGCAAGAGCGCGCGUGCGGCCUACAAGCAGUACCUGAUGGAGCAGAAGCGCAAGAAGCAGGCCAAAGCUGCACGCGCGGCUGGUGCAGCGUCGGUGGUUCAGCACGCGACGACGAGCGAGCUGGACCGCGCGUUUGGCAAGACUGUGGAGCUGUUGCUGGACCCGCAGUCCAAGUUGGAGCCUUUGCUGGAGAACGGAGACGAUGACCACGCUGAGAAGACGCAGCUAGACAGUACCAAGUCGGUAGAGUGGCUGCGUCGUGCCGCAGACAACAGCAACCGCGAUGCUCACGUUCAGCUUGGCAACCUGUGCCUGAGCCAUGACCCGCCCAUGGCCCUUGAGGCCAGCGCUUGGUACACCCGCGUGACGAAGGACGAGAACCCGCACCCGGAUGCACUGUACAACCUCGGGGUGAUGCUUUUCGAAGGCGUGCAGCACGCUGAGCCGCCCUUCCCGGGCAACAAGAGCGCCUCCAUUCCGUUCUUCACCCGCGCUGCGGAAGUGGGCGACGUUUCGGCUCAGUUCUUCAUGGGAAUACUGCUGCACCAGGGCGACAAGGACCUGGAGAUCCAGCCCAACUUCCAGAGCGGACUCAUGCUCAUCGAGACGGCAGCCAACAAGGGCCACCCGGGCGCGCUGUUCUACCUGGCGCAGCUGUAUCGCUCUGGCGACGACGCCAACAAAUUCCCUGCAAACCAUAAUAAGUUCCUGGAGCAUCUGGACAAGGCAAUGCAAGCGGGCGAGGCGGAUGCGUACUUCUGCAUGGCGGACAUUUACUUUCAUGGCAGCGACGGAUUCGAGCAAGACCACGAGCAGGCGCGCGGAUUCUACAUGGCGGCUGCUGAGCAGGGCCACGCUGACGCAUUCUGCUGUCUUGGUGCGAUUUACUACAACGGGAUUGGUGUGGAGCAGGACUUCGAGAAGGCCUUCCUUUACUAUCAGGAGGCGGCCGACCGAGACUCCAUGGAGGCGUGGAAGAAUCUCGCAGAGAUGUACACUGUCGGCCGUGGAGUGCCUCGCAAUGAGGCCACCGCCAACGCGAUCAUCAAAAUGCUCAAGAAAGCCCCAAUUGCGCGUAACUUGGUAUACCACGUAGACGCUGGAACGGAGCAAGUGCUAUAUCUCAAAGGUUUCAAUCUUGAUGGAGCGAAGUUGUCGUACACGAUCACUUCACUUCCGCUGAAUGGCGAGAUCUACCAGCUCUCGGAUAUCUACAGUGAAUACGGCUACGACCCGAAGCGUGCAGCGUCACCAAUUACUACCGUACCGGCGAAAGUAACAGGCUCCAGCAAUCGAAUUGUUUUCCUUCGUCCACCCUUCGGCGGCCCACGAAGAGAUAGCAAGUAUGCAGAGUUCCGGUACACUGUCACGGAUGGUGCCACCACGUCGAGCGAAGGCAUUGUCGUGAUCACCACCAGCGAUCCGUUGGUGUCCAGCACCUUCGACCUAGACGUCGACAACUGGGGGAUCUUGUCGAACGGAGCAGGUGUCGACUCGCAACCGCACUUCCAGCCAAUGUCGCGCGGAGUGCAGCUCAGCUACUACAUCUACGGACUCGACGCAGUCAUCCACCGUCGGGACGAUACGGGCGACGACUCCAUGCUUUGGUACUUCACCGCGCCGCCUAAAUUCCUCGGUAACCAGUGGGCAGCGUACGGCGGCUCGCUGGACUUCGUACUGUCAUCGGCGGAAGGCAGUUUUGAUGCAGCGAACUUGAACCUGGCAGGCUCCGGUCACCUGGUAGAGCUGGAGUGCGCGACCUGUGCGCAAUAUGCAGGUAUAACACUCGCCAUGCCGCUGAGCCCAGUUUUUUCGUACGACGGAACUACCACACAGUUUUCGUUGCCGCUGAACGAGCUUGCUGGUUGGGUGAAGGACCCGAAAAACAUCAUUUUGCCUUGGGGAGCACCACUGCAGUGCGAGUUUGUGAGCGUGCUUUCGGGUCUGUCGGCGAUACGCAUUCUGGGAGACUUCACGCGUGGCUACGAAAGUGUGGCGCUGGACACAGUUACUCUACGACACGGCCCCGGACAGCCCGUUAAAUGCUAUAGCUAA